UCUACGUCUCUUGGAAAUAUUAUUGGCUUACCAUUUGUUCCUCCAUGCUCUACUAAUUUUGAUCCUAUCCUUUCUUCUACCUUUUCUUCUUCAGCGUCUCUUGCUGCACCAAAUAUUAUGAAUCUCGUUACCAUCAAACUUCAAUCUGUCGAAGACUAUUUGACAUGGAGAACUCAGUUUACCUCUCUUUUGAUUUCUCAUGAUUUACUUGGAUUUGUUGAUGGCUCGUUUUCACCUCCAAGUCAAUUUAUUUGUGAUUCUUCUGGAAAUCAGCAGCCUAAUCCCAACUACCGCUCAUGGAUGCGAGUAGAUCAAAGUGUGAGAUCUUGGAUUUUUGCUACCUUAUCACGUGAGAAUAUACACUCAAAUUUUUCAAGUACAAUUCAUUCAUAUCAAGGGGGUCGCGGCAGGGGUCGUACCUAUUCUCCUAGAGGUCGAGGCCACGGUGGUCGAGGUCGUGGCUCAACUAGCAGGUUUCAACAACAUCAAGGAUCUACGACAAAUAACUUUCCUCGCAACGGCUCUACUAGACAAACCACUACAGUUUUAUUGGCCACCAAGCAUUGCAAUGCUCAAAUCGUUUCAAUCAUGCUUUUGUUGCUAGUGAUCUUCCUAAGUUUUUUGCGACAAUGUCGGUUGGUGAAACAAAUGAUGCUACCUGGUACCUUGACUUGGCUGCCUCUGCUCAUAUGACCCCAUCCGAAGGUAAUUUUUUACAUACAUCCUCUUACAAUGGUUGUGAUCGUGUUUUAGUUGGAGAUGGAGCUUUGCUUGAUAUUAAUAAAAUUGGAUAUUGUCGAAUACCUGCAGCAUUUCGUCCUUUACAUUUAAACUCCACCUUUCAUGUACCUAAUCUUAGUCAUAAUUUAAUUUUAAUUGUUCCGUAAUGUUUGACUCUUUUUCUGCUUCUGUUAAGUACAAAGUCACGGGCCAACCUCUUCUCCAGGCUUCCAGUAAAGGCGACGUUUAUCUUGUGUCCUCUUCAUCUACGCAUUCUUUUCCUCAUCCAUUUGUUGCUUUGCGUCAACCAGGAGAUAUAUGGCACCGUUGACUUGGCCAUCGUGGUGCUUGUGUCCUUGAUAGUCUUAGGAAAAAUAAUUUAAUUAGUUUGCUCAAUUCUUUUAGCAAUAGUCGUGUCUCUUGUCAUCUUGGAAAAUCUCAACGUUUGUCUUUCAAUUUAGUUGAUCAUUGCAGUUCCUCACCUUUAGAAAUUAUUCACUCUGAUGUCUGGCAAUUGCCUAUAUUAUCUAAUUUAGGCUUUCAAUAUUAUGUCAUAUUUGUGGAUGAUUUUUCUCAUUUUACUUGGCUUUAUCCUAUGAAAAAUAAGUAUAAGGUCUUCACACACUUCUGUACUUAUCAAAAAUUGAUUGAAAAUCUUUUUAAUAGUAAUAUCAAAAUCUUUCAAAGUGACGGGGGAGGAGAAUUUGAUAAUAAAUUCAUGCUUUUUCACUUUUCUACCUCAUGCAUUUCCUUUCACAAAUCAUUUUCGGACACUCCUUAAUAGAAUGGGGUUGCUGAAGGAAAACACAAACACACAAUUGAAAUUGUACGAACUAUUCUCACGAGUCAAAACUUCCUUCUCAAUUUUGGGUUGAUGCUGCUUUUUAUGCUGUUUACACUAUUAAUAGGCUACCCACUCCUAUUUUUAAUGAAAUUUCUCCCUCUGAAAAGCUAUUUGGGAAACCUCCAAAUUAUUCAUUUCUCAAAGUAUUCGGAUGUGAGUGUUUUCCGAAUAUAUCUGCUCGUGUUUCUACUAAGCUUGCCCCGCGUUCUAAUCAAUGUGUAUUUUUAGGAUAUGCUCCGAAUUGUAAAAGGUAUCGUUGUCUAUAUCCUAAAACUAGUCGUGUUUAUAUUAGCUGACACACGCUCUUUCAUGAACUAAGACUUUCAUAGUCAGAGCUUGUUAACUCAACUGCUGCGUCCAUCUCUUUUUCUGCUUCUUCCAACCCGCUCGUUGUCAUGUCACCUUUAUAUUCUAUCCCUACUAUCACAUCUUCAUCUCCAAGUUAUAUAACUUCUUCCUCUCCGAUUGUCUCAUCUAUAUCCGACAAUCCUUCUAGUGAAUCAAAUUCUAGUGUUCCUCCCACUUCUUCCAAUCCUCCUAUUUCAUCAACUAGUGUUCCUCAUAUUUUGUCCCCCUCGACUAGUAUGUUACCUUUAAUUAACGAUCUGCCCACAUCCCCCUCUCUUUCCAAUCAUCUAAUGCAAACUCGUUUGAAAUAUAGAAUCACUAAGCCUCUUUAGUUGUUUUCCUUAAAUACGAUUCAUGAAGUUGAACCAUCUUGUUUCUCUCAAGCUGUCAAAAAUUCAAAAUGGCAGCAAGCAAUGGCUGAUGAAUUCAAUGCACUUUUAGAAAACAAAACUUGGCUGUUUGUUCCUUAUAACGAUAAUAUGAACUUGGUUGGUUAUAAAUGGAUGUAUCGUAUCAAAUAUAACUUAGAUGGGUCCAUUAAGCAUUAUAAAGCCUGCCUUGUAGAACAAGGUUUUUACCAACAAUCGGUAUUGAUUAUCAUGAGACUUUUAGUCCUGUUGUUCGGCCAACUACGGUACGUCUUGCUCUUUCUCUUGCUGUUUCUUUUUCUUGGUCAAUUCGACAACUUGAUGUCAAAAAUGUUUUUCUUCAUAGUGUUCUUAAUGAGAAAAUCUUCAUGAAACAACCUCUUGGUUUUACUCAUCCAGAUUAUCCACAUCAUGUUUGCAAAUAAACUAACGCCAUUUAUGGUCUAAAGCAAGCACCACGUUCUUGGUUUCAUCGCUUUAGUACAUUUCUUCUAACCCAAGGUUUUAUUUGUAGUAAAACAGACCCGUCUAUGUUUAUUCAUCGUUCUUCUUUAGGUAUUCUUAUCCUAUUGUUGUAUGUUGAUGAUAUUAUUCUCACUGAUAGUCAUUCACAUCUUCUUGCUCAAUUCAUAGAUCGACUUUCUCAUCAGUUUGCAAUGAAAGAUCUAGGUGAACUUCAUUAUUUUCUUGGUGUUCAUGUUGUCAGCACCUCACAUGGUCUUCGUUUGUCUCAACAAAAAUACAUUGUUCAUCUACUUCUUAAGUUUCAUAUGCAUACAUGCAAGCCUGUUCGUAUUCCUAUUGCAUCUUGCACAUGUAUAUCUCUUGAGGAUGGUAACUUACUUUCGGACCCAAGUGAGUAUCGGAGCAUGGUUGGUUCACUUCAAUAUUUGACAAUGACUCGUUCUGAUAUUGCCUAUGCAGUAAAUAUUGUCUCUCAAUUUAUGAAUGCUCCCCGAACUACUCACAUGCACUGUGUCAAGCGUAUUUUUAGAUAUUUGCAGGAUACACUCACAAAUGAUUUAUUUCUGCGUGCUCUUCAUCCAAUUCUAUUAUCAUUGUCUAUUCUGAUGUCGAUUGGGCUGGUUGUUCGGAUACUCGAAGAUCUACGAUGUACUAUGCAGUAUUCCUGGGCUCAAACCUCAUUUCUUGGCGUGCAAAGAAGCAACCAACUGUUUCUAAGUCUUCCACAGAGGUCGAAUACAGAGCAAUUUCUUACACAGUUGUUGAGACUACUUGGAUUUGUCAUCUUCUCUGUGAGCUUGGAAUUUAUCUUCGUCAACCGGUUCGUGUAUUUUGUGACAAUGUCAGUUAUACAUAUAUAUGUCGAAAUUCGGUGUUCCAUGAUCGCUCCAAGCAUAUUGAUGUUGAUUUUCAUUAUGUUCGUAACAAAGUAUCUAAAGGAAAUCUUGUUGUUAAAUAUAUCCCGACGCGAUUACAAGUUGCUGACAUUUUUACGAAAGGCUUGUCCUCCUCUCAAUUUUGUUUUUCACGUGACAAUCUGUCCGUCACUAUAUCUCGUCCAGAUUGAAGGGGCGUAUUAGGACUCUUAUAUUGAUCAGAUUAAGACUCUUAGGAUUGUCCAUUAUAUUGAUGUAUAAAUAGGACUCGUAGACUUUAUCAUGUACAUCUAGGAUUCUUAUAUCUUUGUAUAAAUAUAUGACAUCGGGCUCUUGAUCAAGA